CUAUGAAUUAUAUUGGUAUGCUUGCUCCGUUGCGACAUAUCCGUUUUAUUGUCAAUAGAAGUUCUUUACCUUCCGUAGCCAUCUUAAGGCAUACACUUAGCAAAUAAAUUUAGAACGAUGGAAAACGAUAACGGAGAUGUUGUUGACUUGUAUAUCCCAAGAAAAUGCUCUUCAAGUAAUCGCAUCAUUCAUGCGAAGGAUCAUGCUUCUAUCCAGUUGAGCAUUGCUGAUGUUGAUCCUGAAACUGGACGUAUGACUGAUUCACAAAAGAUGUAUGCCAUUUGUGGAGCUAUCCGACGUAUGGGUGAAUCUGACGAUUGUUUAGUACGCCUUGCAAAAAAUGAUGGCAUUUUACCUAAAAACUUCUAAUGUAAGAUAAUUAUUUUACUCUUUCAAUAAAAUUAAAAAACCUA